AUGGGAGCAGGAAAUACAGGGGAUGAGACGCAGGACUCCGUGGAGCAGAAACUCUUGAUUUUUAACUCUGCUAGAAGAAACAGUGUGAAGACCUUCCAUGUUGUCUCUAUCACUAAAUUCUUAAAAUACAGCAAAGUUACAGCGACUCUCCUUAGCAUUCCGUACCCAUCAUUUACCCUUGAGGCUACAGUUGCUACACAUAGCAUUAUUAGCACAUUACUGUAUGAUCGUGUGCUUGCAUACGUACAUCCAGAGAUUGGCAGAUCAGCAAAGGGAACUCUUGAAAUGGCGGAAAAGAUAAGAACUUUAAAGAUGUGCAAAUGUGGCAAGAGCAGCCAUCCCUACUGUCUCAUAAGUGUGACGGGGAGCAGCCAGGUGUUCAAGACGCGUGUGAUCACCAGCACUGUGAACCCAGUGUGGAAUUCCCAUUUUGAAGUGGAUAUUCCAACUCUAAAUGAUGCAAAGCUGACUCUGGAAAUCAGACAUGAACCCCAGGAAAUCAAUGCGGAAAUGCGAAAUGGUGUACCUGACUUUAAAGAGAUAAAAUGCAUAGUACAAGAUGCUGCGACUAAUAUGCGGAUGAAAAGGGCCAAAAACCUGUUUGGUACUGUGACGGUGCCCCUCGAGGAUGUUAAAGACCAGGUUACUGAAAGCUGGCACAAUAUAGUCAAGAAUAAGGAAGAAGAAUUAAAUCAAAGUGCUGCAAGAGAGAGUUUUAAGUCGACCAAGAAAAGGGGGAGUCUUCGUAUUGGUCUCAGAGUAUCAGCGGUGGCACAGUUACACCACCUUGGACCUCAUUGGUAUGACGCUCUCCUACACAAACUCAUGUACCAGCACCUUGGAUUCCUUGAUAGCCUGGAUGGCUUUGGCAGGACAAGUAUUCGACACAGCAGACAGAGGAAAGGUAUCCGCUGUAGCAAUAGAAGCUCCAAGAGUAACAGCAGAAUGAGCUCAAGCAGCAGUGAAAGUAGUGGAUCGGGAAGCAGUAUAGAGAAUGAGGUCCUGUGGCCUUCCGUCAGCCCUUGGCCCGGUACACUAAGUAAUGCCAGUCUUUCGAUAUUGAAGCAGUAUGGUACAAUGCUCAAUAUCACUCCGCAGUCAGUUGUUCUGUCAUGGUGGAAGGUGACUUCAAGAUUAACUAUUGUGGACCAGUCUUUUCUAAUACAACUUUUGGCCAUUGUGCAGCGACAUAUUGCUGAGGGAAAUUACUCAGAUGAAGAAAUCCAGGAAGUACGAAGCACAUUGCGAAUGUGGGCUUCGCUUCAGGAGGAAAAGCUGGUAUAUCUUAACAAUUACUAUCCUGCCACAUCUAGAGUUAUAUCUUACCAGCAGCUCACCCACACUCUUCGAGGACUGAAAGCAGUAGAUUCCAAACCAGAAACAAAAUCUCUCCAAAUAAUCCCGAAAAACAUGUCCGUAGUGGAGCUUGUGUCCAAUGCAUUGAUGACUUUUACAAAGAACUGGUGGGAAAAUGCGAUUAAGAACCGUGGUCGCAACUCUCCUGAAGCUAGUGAAGAACAGCAGUUGGUUGCUGCGGUUGCUGUAGCACAAGAAAUAAUUUCCUUCCUGAGAGAUGUUUGUGAUUUUUAUCAAGAUGUAUUCAUCAGAGAAUCUCAAGUGUCUUUCCUGAGACUUGCCUACACUCUCCUCACCUAUGAGCUGUCUGCCCGUGUAAGGCCCUUGAUGAUAAAGAUGUAUGAGCCCAAAGAAGACAGCCAGUUUAGCUACGAUGCAGGCGAAAUAAAUGAAACGGCAGAAAUUAAUUCUUCCACAGCUUUACAGGUUUCGAAUCCUGUUUGGCAGCUAUACAAGAGGCUGGAGACAAUUGUGGAAAUUGGUGAGAACCUUCCUGAAGAGGUUCAAUUGCAGUCGGACUUGCGUGGAUAUCACCAGUGGUUUGUUGGUGGUGUGAUCAAGUGGCAGAAAUAUGUCUUUCUGCAGUCCAGGACCAUAAUAGCGAAAGAAGUGCAGAAGGAGGAGUUCCAGUCUAAUCCAAAAAGCUUUGGAUCAGCAUCUAUCAGCUCCUCAGCUAUGGAGUUGACAUAUAUGUUUCGUAUUGUGACAACAUACUGGCAGAAGCUUGCUUGGCCAGAUGAAGCUGAGGGGAAUGGUAUUGCAAAGCAGCUUUUGCAACAGUGCUGUUCUUUAGGGUUGCUCUACACAAAAUUGGUCAUCACUAAGCUAGAAGUAAUUCUCCAAGAAAAGACAGACCCCAAACUCAUGCUCCUUUCAGCUGAGACAUGUAGAGCUCUAAACAACAUUGAAUAUGUGUGUGGAGAGAUUAAAGAGCUCCCUGGACACUUUGCCCUUGAUAUAGAGAGGGAGAAGUAUCCUGUCGUCACCAACACAACAUUAAAGAUGGAAACAUCUAUCAAGAAAUUCAUAGAUACUGUUAUUAAGAAGUUGCGGCAGACCCUGAACCAAGCAGUUAUGGAAUCGUGUGAAAUGGUUAAUGAAACGCCUUUACUGAAGAAAGUUUUGGACCAGUACCUGUCUCUUCUCGAUAGCUGUUUAACCAGGCCAAAUUUUGAGAGAUUUUUGCACAAGAUCUGGGGUGUUCUUGUUGCUAUCUUUGUUAGCAUAGUUGAGAGCAACUGUGAUAAGAAAAAUGCAGAGUUCUUCAGUGGUGUCUUUACCAUCCUUGAGCGCACGUGGCAUUUCUUCACUCACUCUCCAACCAAUUCCCAAGGGCUUGAUCCGCAGCUGGCACACACUGUGGAAUACCAGAAAUUGCUGGAUACUUUAGGAAACUUGAAGAUGCCAACAGAGUCUCUCAUUGCUAAGUACUACAGGGAAAGGUUUGAAGAGCAGAGCCAGCCUGGAGCCAGUCUGACUGCUCGACUUGUAGUUCUGGCUUACUUCACCACAACUGGUAAUCUGACAGUUGAAGUCAUCAUGGCUAGUGAUAUAGUGAAGCCUAAAAACUAUCACGAACCUGCACAUGUCCUCCCUCUCGUAUCCUCAGGAAAGUCACCAGAUACUUAUGUUCAGGUGAAGCUUGUUCCUGGUGAGUGGUUCCCGAAUGUCAGGAAUCAGAAAACCAAGACACAGAAGAAGAAUGAAGCUCCAGUAUAUAGGGAAUCUUUUGAAUUCCUCAUCAGUCACACUGACACUGGAACAAAAUCAGGCGGCCACCUCCUAUUUGUGCUGAAGAUGUCGCAUCGUGUCCAAGCUGACUGUAUAGUAGGGGAAGCUGUUUUGCCACUUGAAGAGCUGCCCUGUGUAGAGCCAUCAGCUGUAAGAAGUGUCACUACCAAGUACCUAACUAUGAACCUGGCUAGAGAAGACAAUGAAUACACAGCUUUAAAGGCAUUGCAGUACAGGAUCUGGGAGAAGAGAGCAGUGUCGUUUCUCAAAGAAGGAAAGAAGAAAAAAAAAAUCAAGUUGUAGCCAGACUUGUAAUAAGGCUGAUGCACAAUACACCUCUGGUUCAGAAUUUCAAUUGGAGCAACUUUCGAUGAACCUCAUAGUAUCCAUACAUAUUCAUGAUAAACAGGUUGAUAAGGAUAUUGCUUGUGUAGGCAAUAUUUUGAUUUGUGGUUGUUUAUAGCCAAUCAGAAAAAAAAUUUCUUCCAUUCCUCAAAAUGUUAAAUAGCACUUAACAUAACCACACCUUCAUGCAGAUUCCUAUUGUACUGCAAGGCCAGUUGUAGUUCUAGUGGUGCUGUAACUAAUUUACAUAUUCAGGUGUUCUAAAUGCUUGGUUAAGAAAUAUAUUACAAUAUUUUGAUAAUAAAUCCUGUGGAAAGUGCUACACUUUUUUCCCAGUAAUGUAAUAGUUUGUAUGAGUUAAUCUUCUCAU